GCGGGGCGGUGCCGCGGGACCGGGCGCGGCUGCGCAGAGCCCGGGCGGCGCCGGGCCGGACCGGGACCGGGACCGGGAGCGGGGCCGGAGCGGGAGCGGGAGCGGGGCCGGACCGAACCGAGACCGGGCCGGAGCGGGGCGGCGGCGGCGGCGGCGGCCGGAGGUCUCCGCAGCCCGGCCAUGUCCCCGCGGCGUUGAGCUCCCCGGGGCGGGCGGCGAGCGGGGAGCCAUGGGGAGCAUCUACAAGGAGUACUUCAACACGGAGAAGAUCCGGGAGCAUUACAACUACACCAAGGAGGGCUCGGAGAGCGGCCCCAGCGCGUCCCGCUGGGCCGUCUCCAUCCUCAUCGUGGUGCUCUGCUGCUUCAUCGUGCUGGAGAACCUGCUGGUGCUCGUCUCCGUGUGCCGCAACAAGAAGUUCCACUCGGCCAUGUACAUCUUCAUCGGCAACCUGGCCGCCUCCGACCUGCUGGCCGGGCUGGCCUUCAUGGCCAACAUCCUGCUCUCCGGGGCCACCACCUUCAACCUGACGCCGGUGCAGUGGUUCGUGCGGGAGGGCACGGCCUUCGCCACGCUGGCGGCCUCCGUCUUCAGCCUGCUGGCCAUCGCCAUCGAGCGGCACGUGGCCAUCACCAAGGUGAAGGUCUACAGCAGCGACAAGAGCUGCCGCAUGGUGCUGCUCAUCGGGGCCUGCUGGGUGAUCGCCGCCGCCAUCGGCAGCCUGCCCAUCAUGGGCUGGAACUGCAUGAGCGACCUGCGCGACUGCUCCACCGUCCUCCCCCUCUACUCCAAGCGCUACGUGCUCUUCGUCAUCACCAUCUUCACCCUCAUCCUCCUCGCCAUCGUGGGGCUCUACAGCCGCAUCUACUGCAUCGUCCGCUCCAGCCACGCCGAGAUUGCCAGCGCCCAGACCCUGGCGCUGCUCAAGACGGUCACCAUCGUCCUGGGGGCCUUCAUCGUCUGCUGGCUGCCGGCCUUCAUCAUCCUCCUCAUGGACGCCUCCUGCCCCGUCCGGGCCUGCCGCGUCCUCUACAAGGCGAACUACUUCUUCGCCUUCGCCACGCUCAACUCGGCCGCCAACCCCAUCAUCUACACGCUGCGGAGCAAGGACAUGCGGCGCGAGUUCCUGCGGGUGCUGUGCUGCGGCGGGGCCGGGCGCCGGGGCCGGGCGGGGGGGCACCGCGGGCGGCCGCUGCGCACCUCCAGCUCCCCGGAGCGCGGCACCCCCCGGCUCGAGCUGCCCACCUCGCCCACCACCCGCGAGUGCACCACCUCCGUGUGAGCCGUGCCGGCGGGCGCCGCGGCAGGACUCGGCGGCGGGCGGGCGGGCGGGGGGCCGCGGCGGGUUUCCCUUUCCAGGUACUGACUCCGGUUUGUGCAAUUCGCACCGUCCCGCGGGCAGCGCGGGCAGCGCGCCAGGGCGCGGAGGGCUGCGGGCUGCAACUGCCCGCAGGCCGGCGGCGCGGUGCGGGGCGGGCGCCCGCGGGUGCAUGCACACAUGUGCCCGUGCGCGUGUGCGCGUGUGCAUGCAUGCACAGGCAUGUGCACGUGUACGUGUGCAUGCACGUGCCUGUGCGUGCAUGCACGCAGAACGGUCGAGGGGUGCGUGUGCACAUGCCUGCGCACAUACGUGUGCACAUGCCUGCGUGUGCCUGCGUGCCGCGCUCCCACGCCCUCGCCAGCCCGCCGCCGCCGGCGGGACCUGUAAGACGGGUCCACGGGCUCCGCCCCGCUCGCGGGCGCCCGCUGCAUCCCUGGCGCCGGUGGCCAAGCCGCCGCCGCCGCCGGCUCCCGGGCUGGGCCGGCAGAGCCGGGCUGGGGGCGGCGGCGGCGGCCGGGCCCCCUCGGCCCCGCGUGCAGGCGCGCGGAGGGACGGGACCCGCGGGGGGACGGGACGGGACGGGGACGGGACGGGGACGGUCGCGGCUGGCUCCGCGAGCGCCCCGGCCCCGCGGGACCCCCGCCCCGGCGAGCCCCUCCGCGGGCUGCGGGCGCAUUAAAACGUUGCUUUCCAGCC